AAUACUAAAAAAGGAAAAAAUAUUGCUGACAGUAAUUUCAACAUGAGUGCUGAUAUACAUUACAGAGCUUUAACAGCUGGAGAAGAAGGCAAAAUAGAUAUAAUCUACAUUGGUAAUAUUCCAACAAAUAUAUCACAAGAAGAAAUUGAAAAAUUCUUUUCAGAAGUGAAAAUUGUUGAAUUAAAACUGAUUAACAAUGGAAUUAAAACAUAUGGAAUGGCUAAAUGUAUCAAUAAUGAAGAAGCAGGAAAAGCCUUAGAGUUAUACCGUGACAAAGAACUAAAUGGUCGUCGACUUGUUCUAAGGAAAUUUAAAAACAAAAAAGGCAAUGAUGGAGAUACAUCAGAGGCUGAGAAUGUUUCUGAAAUAAGUGGAAAUUCAGAUUCGAGAGAUGUAAACAAAUUCUCCAAAUCUAAAAAUAGCCAUUCUGCAAGUGGUAAUGAGAUGCCCAAGUUGGAAGAUUGCAAGCAUGAUUCCACCAGUUCAGAUCAUCAAGGUACCUAUCGUUCGAGUAUUUUCAACAGUCGAAAUAAGUAUAAACAAAAAUCUGUAGUUAACACAAAAAAGUUAAACAAGUUUUCUGGUGGAGCUAUAACGAAUGGAUUUGGUCGUGCAGUAGCUAAUUCAUCUAAGCAAAACCACUUAAGCACUAAUGCUAAGUGCAAUGAUACUAGUUCAAGUAAAUCAAAUGCGCAUAUAGCACUGUUGGUUGGUAAUUUUCCAAUUGGAACUACAAAGGGCGAGUUGAAUGCAUUAUUUUGGGACUAUAAUGUUACACAAAUUGAAAUGGUAAAUAAUUCAAACUCUAAAAGGAGCACUCAGGCUUUUCUUUAUUUUUCUAACUUACAAGAUCCUUAUAUGGCUAUUGAAAAAUAUGACAAGGCACAAUAUCUUAAUCACAAUUUAUUUGUGGCCUUUGUUGAUCCAGCUUAUGUAACCAAUAAAGAAGCUAAGCUAACUGGAUCUAAACUGAAGAAGAAAACUCCUAAAGUUAGAGAAUUUGAUAAAAAGGUUUCUUCAGUGGAUGGAAUGAGUUCUAUAAAUGAAAGACUAAGGCAGUGUAGUAUUCAGUCCAGUGAUUUAAUUGAAGAAUCUCAUAGUUCAAAUCAUGUUCAUCCUGACAGAAGAUCAAAUUAUGUAAAUAGAACAAAUGAUAGGCAUAUGUCGAUGCAGGAUUCUCACAGAUUUUUGAAUGGCAAAAAGAAACGAAGAAAUGGUCAAUAUAACAACAGCAACAAGCUAGCUGAUAUCAAGUCAAAACAUUCCGAGGAAGGCUCUAGCAGUGUGAAAAAUGAACAUCGUAAGAAAUUCGAUGAAGAAGAGUCCCUUGGAAUUUUCAAAGUUACACGAGGAAUUGAUGUUGUCUGUCAAUGAUUGGCCAGAGUAUAAUCCACCAAUUGAUGAUAAAUGUGUCGCUUUAUAUUGGGAUGAUUGGAGCCAAUGAAUGUAAAUUAACAUCUGCUAUGGUUAACCAGUUAUUGACAAUAAAAAUUGUUGAGGAUGCAUCUCAAGCAAAUUAUUUUAUUCCAAAAGUGAAAUUGGUUACUUAAAAAUACUUGAAGAAUAGAAGAAUUUUCUGAAUAAUUUGUCACUUGGGAGAUAAUCUGCUUUUAACGUCUACAUCUCUGCUAAAAAAGAAAAAAAAAAAAAAUCCCCAUUUUUUAAUAUUUAGAUUAUUUUGUAUUUCCACCACUUUUUCUAAGUUUUAAAAAUAUAUUUAAAAUUCACUUGUUUUAGCAAGCAAUCAUUACUAUUUUUUUGUUUUGUAUUUAAUGGGACCUCUCUAUGAUUGCAGCAAUGAACAUUGAGCUGAAAUCAUUUACAUUAAAUGGAUAAGUUAGAAUUUACUGCCAAGCUGAUAUGUAUGAGAAUGAAUGAAAGGCUUCUGUUUGUGUGUAUAUAUGUAUGUAUGAAUAGGAAAUUUUGUUUAUGAUAAUAAAAAAAAAAAAAAUAAAAGUCAAUUGAUAUAUUUGAUUAGGAGUCUAAAAAAAACAGGAUGGAAAUUUCAGUGUUAUCUUGAAAUUUUAUUGCAAUGGUUUGUGUUAUAUUUAUUAAGUGUGAAAAGUAAUGGAAAAAUGUUUUUAUUAUUGAUAGAACAGCUGUCAAUCAUAAAAAUAAUUGUAUUUCAUUAUCAGAUUGGGAUAGAUUCAGAAUUUCCAGAAAAACAUAAAUCUAAUAGGUAAAACUUAGGUUUCUAGGGCCGUUGAAGGACCACAGUGUGCCUCCAAUGUGGUAUUUCACUCAGACAAUGUAUAUAAUCAACAUAAAUUUUUUUCUGUUUUUUAAAAUAUCCACCCCACUCUUUUUCCAUAAGUAAAGAAAAAAAAAAUUAACAGUAUUGUCUUAUGUUGAAAAUGUUCAUAGAAAAUAUUCAAAUAAAAAUGAUUUUUCAUUCUGACAA